AUAAAGUAACCGUUGUGAAAUACUUCUUUAAGACGGAAGUUAAUGAUUUACCGUAGAGUGAGUCACAAACGACGAGGGUUUAUUUUGAUGUUUUGAUCCGGAAGUGACGUACGGCCCUUUCGCUCGAUCAACACAGCAUCUUUCCGGUGUUAGGCACAGGUGGACCUGACCCGCUUCUUCAAGUUAAGCGUCUUUCGACUCUGCCACGAUGGCGACCUACAAGUCGUUGCAGGUCCAGGUGACUACCAUCAUGGAGGCUCUGACCAGAGCUGCCGUGACGGAGAUCUGCGGGCUGCUGGACAGCAGCUACGCCGUGUUGCAGCUGGAGGUCCGCCGCAGCCGCUCGGAGAACGAGGAGCUGAGACGGAAGCUGCAGCUGCUGGAGGGAACCCUGGACCCGGCAGGAAGCACAAGCCAACAGAAGGAGCCUGAGCGAGGACCUGGACUCGAGACCUCAGCGAAGCGGGCCACCGCAGAGAGAUUGCGAGGAGAGACACCAUGCAGCGAAGGCGGCUUGGUCUUCAUCAAGAAGGAGGUGAUGACAGAGGAGGAUCAAGACGGUUUAGUUUCUGCAGGUUCGGAGGUCCGGUCAAUCAAAGAUGAGGGAGACGAUGGACCUUCUAUGACCAUGGAGACGCCAGCUUUGUCAGCAGACCAAUGGGAGAACUCGGCAGAUCAAGUCCAUUCUCAGCGGUCCAGAGACAUCACCAGUCCUGCAGGAGGCGCCGCUGAGGUUUCACCCAAAAUAGAGUUUGAGAACACGUCAGACUCAGGUGGAGAAGGUUCGUCCGGGGCUGUAAGGGAAGGUUUCAGAUCUGAACAGGGACCAGGCGACUCGAUGAACAGCACCAUUGUUUAUGAAGACCACGUCUCACCGUGGACCAGUACCGAGCAGCUCAGAUUCCUCCCGGCCUCCCUGUGUCAGAACCUGAAGCCAGACCGCUACUUGUCGGACCGUGCGCUGGGCGUUGGUCCGUCCACACUGAACGUUGUGGACCUGGGAAGUUAUUGCCAAGAGCGGCGUUUUGGAUGCCGGUUCUGCGGCAAGCGCUUCACGUCGUCUCGGAUCCUGGAGACGCAUGUGCGAGUGCACACAGGCGAGCGGCCGUACAGCUGUGCGCAGUGCGGGAAGCGCUUCACUCAGUCAGGUCACUUGAAGACGCACCAGAGCGUCCACACCGGUGAGCGGCCGUACGCCUGCCAGCACUGUGGCAAGAGGUUCGCUGCCAAACAGAACCUGCGGAUCCACCAGCAGAAGCACCACCCGGCUCAGCCUGGCGGCAUCUAGAGCCGGGGGCGGUCCACAGGACGUGUAAGCUGUGAUGCCAAAGAUAAUCUGGAGCACCGAAUCAGUAAAAUCAAGACAGUUCAUGUCUGACCUCCAGAACCUUAAGUCCAGACACCAGAUCUCUGCAUUGUGUUGAGUUGUAUUCUGGAAAUUAAAACUCAUCUUUUGUUGGGAGUUUCAA